CUGGUGGCCCUGUCGCAGAGGACGAGGAGACCAUCGAAGACGCCGAAGCGGUGGUGGGUGAGGAGCUCCGGGCGGUCGACCUCGGCGCGUGCACCGGUGCAGAUGUUGAUGAGGCGGCGGCGCGACGGGGAUGCGCAGUGGGAGGCCGCGAUCCAGUGUCGAUCGGGGGCGGACAAGCUGGGGUCGUCGGUGCACGGGUUGCGCCAGGGCGGAUCGGAAACGGAGGUCAAGCCCGCCGCCGGACAAGCUGGGGUCGCCGGUGCACGGGUUGCGCCAGGGUUUGCACGCGGAUCGGAAACGGAGGUACUCGGAGACAUCGACGGUGAGAAGCCGGGUUACGAGACGAAUCCAAGCUAAAGAUCGUGAAUUCCAAUCCGAAUCCCAAGAGGGAUAAGAGUCCUUGAACGAUUCCAACUCAUUAUUUCUGGUCCGCACCGCCGUUAUAUAUAUCCAACGAUGCCAUUGCAUUGCAUAUCAAACAUCCCUUGCUCAAAUCCACAUAUUGUAAGAAGAAGCUCGACGAUGGCAUCGCCGUCGCCUCCAGCGUGGGCCGAUCUCCUGCCGGAAGUCCUCGGCGAGAUCGUCGCCUGCCUCUGCGACGCCGACGUCGCCCGCUUACGGGCCGUUUGCCGCGCAUGGCACUCCGCCGUCGCGUGCAAGCUGCAGGACCAAGAGCAGGAGGCGAUGCCGUGGAUCGUGAUCCCCAAUGGCUCCUUCUGCACCAUCGGCGACACCGGCGUCUUCUUCAACCGGAAUUCCCGCCUGCCUCGCAACGUGACCUGCCUCGGCGCCACCGACAGCUGGCUCGCUCUCGACUGCACCGACGAUGUGUUCCGGCGCACCAACAGCUUCGACGCGUAUAUCCGCGACGGCAAAUUCCCCGAGCCCAGGAGCGACGUCAAGCACGAGCACAAUUACCUGCUGCACAACCCCUUCUACGAAAAGACCGUGUCGCUCCCCGAGCUCGACUCCAUCGCCGGCCAUGUCAACGAGACGUUCGAGAUCCGCAAGGUGCUCAUGCGCUCCGCUAGUCCUAAUGACCUCGUCGCCGUCACCACCAACAACGACAACUGCACCAUCAUCCUGUGCCGCCCCGGCAAGGGGAGCUGGGUGCUUCCCUACCUAGGCGUCUUCGAUGUUGCUUUCUUCAAAGAUAAACUCUACGGGAUCACACGACAUGAGGACCUAGUCGCCUUCGACCUUGCCGACGACGACGACGGGAGUCCAAUUGUUCCCAAUUUUAAGCGAGUCAUCAGGCAUCCGUUAGCUGAUGGUGAAGAAGACCCGUGGAGCUGGAUGGAUGACGACUACGAUACCGAUGAUGGAGAAGAGUCCGGUGAUGAGGCAGCUGAUAGCUUCAAUCCUGAUGAUGGCCAGCUGGUUCCAAGCGAUGACGAGGAUGGGGUGGACGAGGAGGUGCCAUAUGAACCCAAGGACUACAUCACGACCAGUAGGUUGCUUGUCGAGUCAUGCGGCGGCCAAGAGUUGCUCAUGGUGAGGCGGCAGGUGCAAUCACCUCCAUUUCACCCCCCUUACACUCGCAAGGUCGAGCUCUUCAAGGCGGACAUCGAUGCCGGCAGAUGGGUUUCAGUCACGGGUCGUGAUGCGCUACCUGAAGGCGAGGCACUCUUUCUCAGCCGAUCAUUCAGCAAGUCCAUCCGUGUGUAUGGAGACAUGAAGGAGGGUUGCAUAUAUUUUGUGGAUGUGGACCAAGUAUUCGACACCAGAUCCUCAUCUUGCAGGCCGUUUAGCCUUCCACGGCAUAGCAAACGGGCUGAUGGUAAGUGGUUGACAUGGCUUUUCCCUCCAAAACUCGUGGUUUGA